CCCUCCGGGGGGGCCGGGGCCGCCGCCGCCGCCGCCGAGGCGGCGACUGAAGCCGCGCAGCGAGGAGGGGCGGGGAGUGGCCGCCGCCGUCCCCGGGAGGCGCCGGAGCCCGACUGCACUCGCAGCCAGCCAGCCGUCCCGAGCCGCUCGCAGGUCACCUCUGACCCUGUUUUCCUAAUCCCAGACCUAGUUACUUCGUUGGAGGGGGCACUGAGGCUCGGCAGUAUUUCACUGAAAACAUCCUUCGAGUACCUCGUGCCUACAACUGCUUCCAGCUUCCCAGACCACAGCUGUGGGGAGCUUGGGGUGCAGCAAACAAGAUUUUGUAUUCAGCUGCCCAGGCAGAGGAGAAUGGGGUCUCCACAGCCUGAAGAAUGAAGACACGACAGAAUAAAGAUUCAAUGUCAAUGAGGAGUGGACGGAAGAAAGAGGCCCCCGGGCCCCGGGAAGAGCUGAGAUCAAGGGGCCGGGCCUCCCCUGGAGGGGUCAGCACAUCUAGCAGUGAUGGCAAAGCUGAGAAGUCCAGGCAGACGGCCAAGAAGGCCCGAGUAGAGGAAACCUCUACCCCAAAGGCCAACAAGCAGGGCCGAAGCGAGGAGAUCUCCGAGAGUGAAAGUGAGGAGACCAGUGCACCUAAAAAGACCAAAACUGAGCAGGAGCUCCCUCGACCACAGUCUCCCUCGGAUCUGGACAGCCUGGAUGGGCGCAGCAUUAAUGAUGAUGGCAGCAGUGACCCUAGGGAUAUAGAUCAGGAUAACCGAAGCACAUCCCCCAGCAUCUACAGCCCUGGAAGUGUGGAGAAUGACUCUGAUUCAUCUUCGGGCCUGUCCCAGGGCCCAGCCCGCCCCUACCACCCACCUCCACUCUUUCCUCCCUCCCCUCCACCACCAGACAGCACUCCUCGGCAGCCAGAGCCUGGCUUUGAACCCCAUCCUUCUGUGACACCCACUGGAUAUCACGCUCCAAUGGAGCCACCCCCAUCUCGGUUAUUCCAGGGCCCUCCUCCUGGAGCCCCUCCCCCACACCCACAGCUCUACCCUGGGAAUGCUGGUGGAGGUGUUUUAUCUGGACCCCCCAUGGGUCCCAAAGGGGGAGCAGCUGCCUCUUCAGUGAGUGCCCCUAGUGGAGGCAAGCAGCAUCCCCCACCCACCACCCCAAUUUCAAUAUCAAGCUCUGGGGCCACUGGUGCCCCUCCAACAAAGCCGCCCAAUACUCCAGUGGGUGGUGGGAACCUACCUUCUGCUCCACCACCAGCCACUUUCCCCCAUGUGACACCAAACCUGCCGCCUCCACCUGCCCUGAGACCCCUCAACAACGCCUCAGCCUCUCCUCCUGGAAUGGGGGCUCAGCCAAUCCCUGGGCAUCUGCCCUCUCCCCAUGCCAUGGGUCAGGGCAUGAGUGGACUUCCUCCUGGCCCAGAGAAGGGUCCAACUCUGGCUCCCUCACCCCACCCUUUGCCCCCAGCUUCUUCCUCCUCUGCCCCUGGGCCCCCAAUGCGGUACCCAUAUUCAUCCUCUAGUAACUCUGGAGCAGCUGCUUCUAGCUCCUCCUCCUCUGCCUCCCAGUACCCAGCUUCCCAGGCUCUGCCCAGUUACCCUCAUUCCUUCCCUCCACCAACAAGUAUGUCUGUUGCUAAUCAGCCACCCAAGUAUACCCAGCCUUCUCUCCCAUCGCAGGCUGUGUGGAGCCAGGGUCCUCCACCCCCUCCCCCCUAUGGCCGCCUCUUGGCCAACACCACCCAUCCAGGCCCUUACCCUCCCACUGGGGGCCAAUCCACAGCCCACCCACCAGCCCCUACACAUCACCAUCACCAGCAACAACAGCAGCAGCAACAUCAUCAUGGAAACUCUGGGCCCCCUCCACCUGGAGCAUAUCCUCACCCCCUAGAGAGCAGUAGCUCCCAUCAUGCACACCCUUACAACAUGUCACCCUCCCUGGGGUCUUUGAGGCCCUACCCAUCAGGGCCAGCACACCUGCCUCCACCUCAUGGCCAGGUGUCCUAUAGCCAAGCAGGUCCCAAUGGCCCCCCAGUUUCCUCCUCUUCCAACGCUUCCGGCUCUUCCUCUCAAGCCUCCUACUCAUGUUCACACCCCUCCUCAUCCCAGGGUCCCCAAGGGGCAUCCUACCCCUUCCCACCAGUUCCUCCAGUCACCACCUCCUCAGCUACUCUGUCUACUGUCAUCGCCACCGUGGCUUCCUCGCCAGCAGGCUACAAGACGGCCUCACCACCCGGGCCCCCUCAGUACAGCAAGAGAGCCCCAUCCCCAGGCGCCUACAAGACCGCCACCCCGCCUGGAUACAAACCGGGGUCACCACCCUCCUUCAGAACGGGGACCCCACCCGGCUUUCGAGGCACCUCUCCGCCAGCAGGUCCAGGGACCUUCAAGCCAGGCUCGCCCACCGUGGGGCCAGGGCCCCUGCCUCCUGCGGGGCCUUCCAGUCUGUCGGCUCUGCCUCCACCCGCCGCGGCCCCCGCUGCAGGGCCGCCCCUGGCGGCCACGCAGAUCAAACAGGAGCCGGCCGAAGAGUAUGAGGCCCCCGAGAGUCCCGUGCCCCCGGCCCGAAGCCCUUCGCCCCCUCCCAAGGUGGUGGACGUGCCCAGCCACGCCAGCCAGUCGGCCCGGUUCAAUAAGCACCUGGACCGCGGCUUCAACUCGUGCGCGCGCAGCGACCUGUACUUCGUGCCGCUGGAGGGCUCCAAGCUGGCCAAGAAGCGCGCCGACCUGGUGGAGAAGGUGCGGCGCGAGGCCGAGCAGCGCGCGCGCGAGGAGAAGGAGCGCGAGCGCGAGCGGGAGCGCGAGAAGGAGCGCGAGCGCGAGAAAGAGCGCGAGCUGGAGCGCAGUGUGAAGUUGGCCCAGGAGGGCCGUGCUCCGGUGGAGUGCCCGUCUCUGGGUCCAGUGCCCCAUCGGCCUCCCUUUGAGCCUGGCAGCGCUGUGGCUACGGUGCCCCCUUACCUAGGUCCCGAUACUCCAGCCCUGCGCACUCUCAGUGAAUACGCCCGACCUCACGUCAUGUCUCCUGGCAAUCGCAACCACCCGUUCUAUGUGCCCUUGGGGGCCGUGGACCCGGGGCUUCUGGGUUACAAUGUCCCAGCCCUGUACAGCAGCGACCCAGCUGCCCGAGAAAGGGAGCGGGAAGCCCGUGAACGUGACCUCCGUGACCGGCUCAAGCCUGGCUUUGAGGUGAAGCCGAGUGAGCUGGAACCCCUACAUGGGGUCCCCGGGCCGGGCCUGGAUCCCUUCCCCCGACACGGGGGCCUGGCCCUACAGCCUGGGCCGCCUGGCCUGCAUCCUUUCCCUUUUCAUCCGAGCCUGGGGCCCCUGGAGCGAGAACGGCUAGCGCUGGCAGCUGGGCCAGCCCUGCGUCCUGACAUGUCUUACGCUGAGCGCCUGGCAGCUGAAAGGCAGCAUGCAGAAAGGGUGGCGGCCCUGGGCAAUGACCCACUGGCCCGGCUGCAGAUGCUCAACGUGACUCCCCAUCACCACCAGCACUCCCAUAUCCACUCUCACCUUCACCUGCACCAGCAGGAUGCCAUCCAUGCAGGUAAGACGCCCUGUUUCCUGGCUUUGGACGGUGGCUCGGCCACUGGCGUCAGUCGCCCUCUCCCGAGAUUACUGUUCUCACCUCUGCUUCCUUGACUCUCCGUCCACGCUGUCUCACGCCCUCUUCAUAGUCCUUGAUAACAGACCAAGCUGGAGCCUUGUGAAGGAUCACCUCUCUGUCUUCCUCUCUCUAAGCCCCUCACAUAGCAGUGUUCUUGUUCCAAACCUCGUCUGUUGCCAACAUCUCCUUCCCUUACAUCUAGGGGUCUUCUGUGUUUCUGCCCAUCUGUAGAUUUAGAACCUUUUGGAAAAAUCCAUGUAAGUUUGGUUUUGGUGCCAUAGGCAAUAAGGAGCUUUCCUCACUAUUUUAACGUCGCGCUUAUAGCCCAGAACACGGCCUAGUUGGCCGUAGACUUGGUCAUUUGGAAUUGCUCGUUUCUUCUCGCCCUCCCCCAUUCCCCCCAGUUAGAGCAUGUAUUUAUUUAUAAGUAUACAGAACAACAGGCUUUUGGCAUUUUCUUUUUCUUUUUUCUUUUUAAGAUUUAUUUAUUGAUUGAUACAUGUAUCCCUGCCGACCAGAAGAGGGUACUAGAUCCCAUUUCAGGUGGUUGUCAGCCACCAUGUGGUUGCUGGGAACCGAACUUCAGACCUUUGGAAGAGUAGCCAGUGCUCCUAACCGCUGAGACAUCUCUCCAGCCCGGGCUUUUGGCAUUUUCAUUCGGCUCAUACUCAUCCCACCUCUUACAUUUUUUUCCCUGUCUCAUUUCUUAAACUUAAAAAAUCAGUAGUUUUCUAAACUUACCCUUCUUCUCUUCAGAGUAAUCCAUUCUUCUCUUUCCUCCUCAGCCCUCUCUGCUAACUAAUCUGUCUUCAGUCAAGCGUGUCUCUUCCCCAGCAGUUUCUUCUUCCCAGCUCAGGACUCGAGCUCUUUCCUCCUGCCUUCCUUAAGCUUUGCAUCCCUGGGGUCUGUCUUCACAGGCGAAAUCCCUCCACCCCGGUGCAUGGUUGUCCCUGACCCUGCCUCCUGGUGACACCUUCCUUU